CGAUAAUAAUUAUUAAUGGCGACUGAGUUCGAAGCUUCCAAGGACCACUUUGAAAAGAACAUUGACAUGGCCAGAGAAGCUAUCGGAGACAUGAAUUUAGUCAGCAAUAUUGCUGAAAAGAAGUCCUUCUUACAGGAUUCUAAAAAGCUACUUGAAGAGUGUAAGAAAAACAUCCAGCAGAUGGAAUACUAUUGGCAAACUCUUGACCCAAGCGAGAAGGGGUACUACAAAGGAGAGCUAACAGAGUUCAAGCACCAGUAUGAAGGCCUUAAAAAUGACUUCAAUGAGUACCAAGAGGCUAUCAAGAGGGACCAAGAUGAUGAAGAGAGUGACGAAUUAACCAAACUCCAAGCCAAUACUAGAGAUAAAUUAUUAACAGGAGUUGGCAAACUAAGCGAUCAACACAAACAACUCGAUGGUAUUGUCAAAAAUGGUCAUGAGACAACAGAAAUAUUAAGAGGAGCCAAUAGAAACCUUGUCGGUCAGAGAGGGCACAUCGAAAACGCAGGUAGAAAUAAUAUGGUUGCUCAAAACGAACUCACCAGGGCUGAUAGAGUAGUCAAAAAGAUGAGACUGAGAGAGUUCUGCUACAAGCUAAUCUUAUAUCUCAUAAUCGUAGGGCUAUUCGGAGGCUAUAUCAUUGUAUUAAUCUUCAAGCUUAAAUAAUUCAAUAAUA